GCAGUUUCUUACGGUCUCCUAAUUCAGGGUUUCAACAAUUACAUUACUUCACGUUUGUUGUUUCAACCCAAAAAAAAAAAGAGAGGAAAAAAAUGUUUGAUCCUAGGAAGCUAUGGCGGUACUUCAGCUUCACGGCGUACCGCGAUUGGUUCUUCCGGCAAUCAUUCGCGCCCCCCGCCCUCCGUUCCGUCACUACCGACCUCUCCCAUGGCGGCUCCUCCUCCACCGUCAUCCACUGCUGGAUCCCUAAAUCCCCCAUUCCUUCCAAACCUAAUCUCCUCCUCAUCCAUGGCUUCGGCGCCAACGCCAUGUGGCAAUACGGCGAGCAUCUCCGCUCGUUCACCGCCCGGUUCAACGUCUACGUCCCCGAUCUCCUCUUCUUCGGAUCGUCGUCCACGUCCGAGCCCGAUCGCUCGGAGUCGUUCCAGGCCCGUUGCCUGAUUCGGCUCAUGGAGGCGCACGGGGUUCAGAGGAUGAGCGUCGUCGGGAUCAGCUACGGCGGCUUCGUCGGGUACAGUGCGGCGGCGCAGUUCCCGGAGAAGGUGGAGAGGUUGGCGCUGUGCUGCGCCGGAGUUUGCCUGGAGGAAAAGGAUAUGGCGGAUGGGCUUUUUAGGGUUCCGAAUCUGGAGGAGGCGACGAGUAUUCUUCUUCCUCAGACGCCGGAGAAGCUCAGGGAGCUGAUUCGGUUCUCUUUCGUGAAGCCCGCCAAAGGAAUUCCUUCUUUCUUCCUCUGGGAUUUCAUCGAGGUGAUGUGUACGGACUUCGUGGAGGAGAAACGAGAAUUGAUCAGAGCGAUACUCAAGGAUCGUAAACUGUCCCAUCUUCCCAAGAUUAGCCAGCCCACGAUGAUCAUAUGGGGAGAAGAAGACCAGAUAUUCCCUAUGGAAUUAGGCCACAGAUUAAAACGUCAUGUGGGAGAAAGCGCAGAGCUGGUGGUGAUAAAGAACGCGGGCCAUGCAGUGAAUUUGGAGAAGCCCAAGGAGUUUCUCAAGCACCUCAGAUCUUUUCUCGUUGAUUCUCUCUGAUUUUGAUGAAGUUAAAACACUCUCUCAUCCUUAUUCAUCGUAUCAUAGAAAAGCUUCCAAU